CACCCCGUUUUUAAAUUUUAUUUAUACUUUUCAGAUAUAUGCAUUUCACUGAUUUUACAAUCAUUUUGACAUUUUAAAACUUGACUUCCUUCCCCUUCUCUGCGAUUCCUUAAAUGUAUUUUUAAUAUCUUCUGCAUAUCCAAACUUAUUUAUUUAUCUUCUUUUAAUAUAUACUCUUGCGUAGCUGCAGGUUAUUACAGUAAUCCUGCCCGUGUUAACAAUUUAUCUGUAAAUAUUCAAUAAACCAUUUCCAUUCUUUUAUAAAAAGUUUGUUAUCUUGAUUUCUUAUUCUUCCAGUAAGUUUUACCAUUUUUGCAUAUUCCAUAAGUUUUUGUAUCUAUUCUUCCUUUGCUGGGACUACUUCUUUCCAUUUUUGGGCAAGUAACAUUCUUGCCUGGUGGUAAAUUCUAACAUUUCCUUCCUUUGUGCACUCUUGUUUAUUGUAACUUUUUUUCUAUGUCCUCUCCUCCUACCCCACUGAACACCUUCACUGGGUCAGGGUGGAAUUCCUUAUAGUUAGCAUUCUGUUCCUGACUGCAGCUUGGCGCUUUUGGGAAGCCCUUGAAGUUGGGAGCAGAACGGCAGCACCUAGUAUUCAUAGCGUGUAAAUAUUUUUCUUCCUAUUUAACUUUUAUUAUGCCUCUUAUGCUCAUUCUUUAGUUUUUCUAUAAUGUAAAGCCCCAAACUUCACAUUUCCUUGCAUAUGAGGCGCUACUGAAUACAGCAAAAAGAGACAAGGGAUAGGUCCUUAUCUUUACACAUAUCCCACGUUUUGUGAUGGGGAUGACCAGUACACAUGUGAAAGAAUGUUUGUAAUGAUCAGGUUACCUGAAAGAAUGUCUUCUCCCAUAUAGAUUUGCACAACAGAGAUCUUUCUGGUUGUGCCACAGCCUUGGAUUUAGCAUUAACUAGGAAGAGGACCUUUUUUGCAGUGGCACCCACUCCAUGGAAUGGCCUCCCCAUUGGAAAACGCAUGAUUCAAAUGGUGUAAUUCUGGUGCAUGCUGAAAACUUUUGUUUUACCAUGUUUUUUGCUGGCUUCUGAUGCCAUUAUGCGAAAAGGGUGUUAAAUGCAGUAUUCACUAUAGAACACAAUUCUAUAGUGCAUUCAAAACUGCAUUCAAAAAAAUGGUAAAGUCUUGACUUGUUUGCUUCCUUGUUUAUCUGCGAGUGCAGGGUGCGCUAUUUCAUGGAGCAAGGGGAAGUUGUGAAGUGACACACCCCACACCUGCAAAUAAAAAAGGAAUCAAACAAGCCAAGACAGCACAUAAAAAAUUGUAAAGCGUUAGACAUAAAAAACUUCCCUAUACAGGGCUGCCUUCAGAUGUCUUCUAAAAGUUGGAUAGUAGUUUGUUUCCUUGACAUUUGAUGGGAAGGCGUUCCACAGGGUGGGUGCCACUACCUAGAAGGCCCUCUGCUUGGUUCUCUGUAACCUCACUUCUCGCACUGAGGGAACCCCCAUAAGGCCCUCAGAGCUGGACCUCUGUGUCUGGGUGCAUUUAUAAAUUUUAAAUUUAUUGUUGUAGAUUGUUUUAAUUGUUUGUUUUCCUUCUGGGACCGUUCCCCCAAGUGUGUUUUAUAAGCUGGUCUCCGAUCGUAAUAAAUUAUCUAUCUCUAAUAAUAUAUUUUUUAAAAAAGCUAGUGUGCAUUUGUCUUUUUUUUUUUAGUAGUUGCUGUGUUGAAGAUCAAACACUAUAUCCAAUAUUCAUAUCCUCUGCUACACUUUCAUUGUUGAGAUUCCUGCAUUGCAAGGGAUUGGAAGACUAGAUGUCCCUUGGGAUUCCAACUCUACAAUUCUAUGAUUAACUGGCUCACACAUACAGCACUAUGUGAACUCCUGGAUCUGAAAUGGACUAUGUUAUGCUUACACUGUCACCAAAGCUGCUGGAGACUGCUUCACAUAUAGUUAAGAAAUCCUUACCUGCCACUCAAAGUGUAUAUGCCCCUUAUUCAUACAUACAACAAGGAGAGUGCUUCUCUUGCCAGCAUAAAUUUUAUCUAAAUGUGUGUCAAUAUUGUAGUGAUGAGUACAAGAUUUCUAGGUGGACUUCUUUUGGACCAAUGUUCUAGUACUCGGCAUACACACAAUAUCUUUUGAAGUACAUUUUUAUCACAAAGAAUGCUGUAGCUAUGUGAGGGGGAAAUUACAGUUCCCAGGAUUUUUUUUGGCGGGGGAUGACGACAAUGGGUGUGGCUGUGUACACACCACCUUAAAUGUUUGGCGGGUCAGACUAAACAAGCAGUAGCAUCACGUUUCCCCCCCCAGUCUGUAGCAAAAAAGAAAUAUUCUGGGUAAAAAGCAGGCUUGUGCGACCUUGGAAACCAACAAAUUAAGGUGCUACUUAUAACUUUUUUUUACUAUGAGCCUAAUGCACCUAUAUUACUUUGUAAGAUAACAUGGACUGAUUACCUCCCACACCCUCAGUAUUUGUAAGCUUCCCUCUAUUAUUAUUAUUAUUAUUAUUAUUAUUAUUAAUUGAAUUUAUAUACCGCCCUAUACCCGGAGAUCUCAGGGCGGUUUUCCCCUCAAAGUUGCUCGCAACUGAAGAUCAUAGAAUGGGAUAUGACAUAUUAGAAGCUGCAAGUUGCAGCUUUUAUUUUUGGGAGGGUGGCUGGGCGGGCAUUGCCCAAACCCCAGCGGGGCGGCAGAAAGGCGAAAGGCUGGGAGGAAUCCCUAAGCACUCACGUAAGAGCCUUCGCCUUUUUGAGCAUCCACUUUGCGCAUGUGGUCUCUUGUCACACCCCUUUAAAACCCACGUCAAGUUCAACCUGUGAGGACCAGCUUGCUCCCUCUAGCUAGUACCCAAAAAUAAGGAAGGGCCUCUGCCGAUUUCAGCCUGGGACUGAGGGAAUCGCUGCCCAAAGCAGCUGGAGGGCUGCGCGCCACUCCCUGUCGAGCACGUGAGACACUUUCGGAGAGCUGAAGCGCCACAACCUGCCGGGCCAAUGGAUCCUCCAGCGAAGUCCCAGCAACAGGUCCUCGUAGCAUCGGCCUCCCUGCUUUCCCAUAUCAGCUGGAAGCCAAGGAGGGAAAGGAAGGAGAGAAGCCCCCGUUUGCUCCAACUACAGCGGAUGCUCUCCGUAACAAACCAUGGCCGCCCCCAUCUUUAAAAAGUCCACAGCCGGGAGAGGGCGGGAGCGGCUGCUCUAGACCGCCCUCUCUCGCUCUCUCGGCUCGGCAAUGUGUGUUUCGUUUCCGUACAACAACAUGGCGCCUGCCAUUCGGGCACCGCGAGAGAGUCGGGGAGGAGGAGAGACGCGAAGGAAAGCGCCCGGGGCGCAAAGCAUCUUCUCCUUCGCGACAGCCGCGCUGUCGUAAACCGGUGAAUGGCUCCCGUGUGGCGAAGGGGGAGAGGCGAGCUGGGGAUUGUGUGCGGCGGCGGCGGCCCUUCUCUCUGAGGCGCCUGUCCUUCUCCCCCCACCGCCAUCGGAGAGACAUGGAUCCCAACCGGAUCAUCCAGGCGCUCAAGGGCACCAUCGACCCUAAGCUGCGCCUCGCGGCCGAGAGCGAGCUGAACCAGGUGAGAGCGCAGCCUCCGGCCCCCUUCGCCGCCCCCGCCCCGCCCAGGGGAUCGCGGCGGAGGCACUUCGGGGAUCAGCUGCUUCCCCUCCCGCCAGGCCUCGGCGGAGGACGGGGCUUUGUUUUCCCCUCAGGGGGUGGCCUCCCUCCUCGCCUCCCCCUCUUGCCUCGCCAUGGUGGGCGCGCUCUUUCCAUCUCUGAGGAGAAUCCUGUCACUGCACCUCCCCACCCGAAAACAGCCUAGCGGUUUCCUUAACGGAUUUACACGGCUAUUCGCCUACAUUCCUGUCCCGCCUCUCCUCCUCCCGAGGUGCGCUCUUCCCGUGUUUUAUCCCUCACAGUAUCGGUGCCGGAUCCCGGGGGCCCCCAAGCACCCACAAAAAUUCCCAUGAAGGGGCCGGGCAGCCACAAAUCCCGGCGCCAGGGCCAUGCACGAUGCACGGCACCCGUGGCCCCAGGCACCCAAGCUGGCGCUCCUGCCUCACAGCCAUCCUGUGAGGUGGUUUAGGCAAAGAGAGGGUGGCUGGCUCUGGGAUCACGCAGCCAGCUUUCAUGGGUUGAGUGCGGGAUUUGAACCCAGGUUUCACCCAGCCAGGACCUUGGGUGGUCUCUCAGCCACAAAAGCUGACCCCUCCUCCCUGUGAAGCACCCUUCGGUCUUUUCAGCUCCAGAGGACUCUGUCCAGAAGUUCGCCUGUGGGAGCGGGAAGAGGCACUUUGCAGACUUCCAGAUUUACUACUGUGCAUGUUUUCAUGGACUGGAGCCCACACAAAUCUAAUGAGAGAUCUCUAACCUUGGGAAGCUUACCACCGGCCUUGUAAAUAAUCCCGCAGAGUUUGCUUGCCUGCAAAAGACGUUUACUUGCUUGCUGGGGGCUGACAGAGGAGGGAGGGAGAGCUCUGUCCCUGCUGCAGCAGCUCUAUACUAUGACCGUGUACAAGCCAUACAUUUAAAGCACAUCCUCCCCCGUAAACUGUAGUUUAAUUGUGCUGGGAAUUAUAGCUGUGUGAGGGAUAAGCUACAGUUCCAAGGAUUCUCUAGGGGAAAGCAUUGUGCUUUGCAUGUGCUUUAAAUGGGGUGUACGCAGCCCAAGUUGCUAUGCUGGGUUUGUAGAAGGGGGCUUCCCUCUGGCAACACACUUGAUUUCUGUGCUGGGCAUAGUCUGUGACUACCUGUAUCCAAAAUGGUUUUCCAAUAGAACACCAGAUGUGAGACCUGUAAAUAUUAUGGUGGUGUUUAUUUGUUCCUUUGAAAAAAAAUACAUCUAAAAAGAAAAGAAAAGAAAAGAAGGGACAAGAUACUUCAUCUGUCUUCAGCUAGCCUUUCACUUGCCUGCAUGUCACCUAUAGCUAUUAGGCUAGUUCUUACAUACAAGACUAGUUUGGACCUUAAAAUAUGUCAGUCUACAGGGGGCCAGAAGACGCUGCUGUUUUAAGAGAAAAGUAUGUGUGUGUGUGUUUGCUGUAACAGGCUGACAUGGCAACCUCACUGAAAGUUCUGUUCACUUUUGUUUGGCUUUUAAGCAGACAUCUCAAGUUUUGAAGGUUGACAACAGGUUUUGGAAUUUUGGGCUCCCUGGUUGGUAUUAUAGGUACUCUACAGGUCUUAGACUUGUGGCUUUUAAUUUCGCAACUUUUUUAAACUAUCCUAACCAUUUUUUGGUGGUGAAAUUCCUUCAUGCUACAACCUAUGGUAGUUCCUAUGAUUCUUCAGCAUAGUUAUUUUUUGACAAGUUGACUUCUUCAUCACCAUCCCUCCGGAAUUUUGAUACUUUGAAAUUAGAUUGUGAACUUUUCCAACUUUUUUAAAGGUUGCCAAAUUAAUUACAAAUCAGCAAGCAGUAAACUUCUGCUGCAAGCCCCACUGAACUCAGUGGGACUUCCUUCUGAGUAGGCAUGUAUAGGAUUGCUUUACAUGUCAAAGUAAAAUGCCUCACUUUAUGGAAUCAUUAUACGUGUACAUUGAAGGUUAGUUCACAGUCCCUUAAUGAUCAAAACUACUGCUAAGCAACCGCAUGAGUGACAGUUGUAUUAGAUUAGGAUAGAAGAUCUCAAAUCAUUCACAAGUCAAUGGCAAGAUUCUGUGGUAACUGGAUUGUUCAAAAAGAGUCAUGUCAAAAAACAUCAAAGCUAUGAUACCUGAGAGAGAGCAGAAGGUUGUUGAAUUUCAGCUUGGAAUCAACAUGCUUCCCGUGAUCCAAGAAUUCUUAGCUUGUAUACAUAUCUACUUUAGAUAAAAAAGAUCCAGGAACUCGUCAGAAUGCCAACUUGUAGCUUUAUUUGUACAAAGCUUUUUUUGUAAUUUUCAUAAUGUAAAAAGAUAUCAACACAAAGCAGUAUAUUACUCAAGUCAACUUUGACAGGGCAUACAGACUGCAACCCCCCGGCACAUCUUUACAUCCAAACUAGUUGUAAAAGUUUUUAGUUGCUGCAUAUAAAUACACAUAACAUGUUCAUUUGGUUGUGAUUCUGACAAUGGAAAUGAAGGUAAAAAUGGUCGGAUGGGGGUGGUGUCAUUGAAAGCUUAAUUUCCUAGCUCUUGUUUGGUUCCAUACUUUUUCGAAAAAAAGAAGAGCAGAAUGUGAUUUUCUACAUUAUGUUGUUUGAAGUAUAUGUUUCCUUUGGCCUUCAUUGCAGAAGGGUCAUGAAAGAACUGCCAGCAACUAACAGCUCCUAAGUCAGGAGUCGCCAACCUGAUGGGUACAUUUGCAAUCUGGACAACAGUUAUGGGCAUCCCACACAUGCCCUAUUCUAGUUGCUACAAUAGAAUGCUUCUUUUUAGCCUAAUUUCAGCAGAGGGAGAGGUUCCAGGGAAGGUGGACACAUUUGCAUGAUUCAGAAGCUUCAAAUAUCAAGUUUCUAAAUUGGGGAGGGGCUAUCUGAGUUAUUAUUUCUAUUGUUAUGCAUCAUCUAUGUUUAAUGUUAUGGGGCCAUAGCUCUGUGGUAGAGCAAUUGCUUUGCAUACAGAAGGUCUCAGGGUUCAGUCCCUGGCAUCUGCAGGUAGGAUUGGGAAAGUCUCUCAUCUGAAGCUCUGGAAAGCUGCUGCCAGUCAGUAUAGACAGUAUUGAGAUGGAUGGACCAAUGGUCUGAUAUAAGGCAGCUUCUUAUUUUCACUGCUUGUUUUGAAAGAAGCCAAAGGAGAGCCUUAAUGACCCAGAUGGAAUUCUGCCCUUUAUCCAUAAUUCUCUCUUGCUUAAAUUUCUGAUACCCAGAUUUAGGCUUUCUUUUUUUAAAAAGUAUCCAGCGUAUAUUGUGGCAUUCAUCCUGGAUGAACAGCAAAGGAGGUAUUCAUUUUUAAAGAGGAUCAGAUCGGUUACAGUUUUACUUUUGUCCUUGACAUGCUGACACAUUUAGCUGCCAACUGCUGAAUGAGGUCUUCGAAACCUUCUAGCAGAUUUUAGUAAAUCAAUGCCACAGUGAUGCUAAUGCAGUUCCCAUUUGGGAGAGUUAAGUAUAGUGAACUGUCGUCAAAAGAAUGCAACAGCUACAGACUUCUUAGGAUGUACUCCAUUAGUGACUGGUGCUGAUCCAUCAGUACCUGGUCUUGCAUUUCCUUUGUGCUUGUGCUAUUGCAGUGUGCCUGGUGCAGUGGAAUCUGGCAGAAAAUAGAGGGUCUGGGAAACUAGAGGGUUCUUGGUUGAACCAAGACGGGACCAAGGCAACCCAGUCAGCCAUAUCAAGUCAAAGGCCAUCCAUCUACUACAAAUAAAAGAUAUUUCAAGUGUGAAAGUUGGUGGGGUUAGGUGAAUGCAGGAGUGAUAUGGGCAGUACAGUUUACAGCUACUCUCCUGCCCCAGUGGCUAAAGUUCAAAUAAAAUAUGAGCGACGGGAGAGAAACCAUUUAAGGAACUUUGGAAAUUGUUAGAGGGUUUUAAUGUUGUGUGAUUUCAUAUCCAGCAGUCUUUUUUCACUUAGAAGCUCAAUCAUUCAGAAUAAUUUUCCUGAGUGCUCUUGUUGAGUUGAUUUUUUGUGAUAUCGGAAAAUGCCUUUUCCUGUGAUAACUGGAAACUUCCAUCAGAAUGACUGUGAUCAGGCUGACACCUUUUUUCCUUCUUCCAGUUAUUUUAACUUAUUCACUGAUCCACAAAAAAGUAUGUAAAGGUCAGCACAGAAAAUUACCUUAAAAAUAUGUUGCAUAAAAUUAAUAUAGGAAAGUAAUACUGUACUUUGAAUGUACUUUGUACUUCUCAACUGUUUAUGAAGGUAAUAGUGUUUUAUUAGAAGCUUUGCUGUUGCAAGAAGCAGCAACAACAGCUUUGCUGUUGCUUAUAGUUUGGAGGUGGAAAUAGUAUUAUUAUUUUCCAAUUUUAUUAGAGAAAUAAAUGGUCAAAACCACAACUGGAUUCAAGAGCAGAACAAAACCUGUUGUGUCUAAGCCAGCUGUUCAUUUGGAGUGUGUCCACCGCAUGCUCAGCCCUUCAAACUGCUUAACUUUGCAGGAGAACAUCUGAUUUGGAAGGAAAUAAUCUUUUUCUUAUUCAUGGCAAUAAAGAAUCAUAGAAUUGUAUAGUUGGAAGGGACUCCAAGCAUAAUCUAGUCCAAGCCCCUGCAAUGCAGAAAUCUCAACUAGAUCAUACAUGACAGAUGGCUAUCCAACCUCUGCUAAAAAAACCCUCCAAGGAAGGAGAAUACUACAGGUUAACUUGUUUUACAAUAUAUGGUGCUUUUCUGAUUGACUUUCUAUGCAUUUCAGUCCUACAAGAUCAUCAACUUUGCUCCCAGCCUACUACAAAUAAUAGUUUCUGAUCAAGUGGAAUUCCCAGUCCGACAGGCAGGUGAGCAGAAAUUAUUUCUAUGUGCUAUGUUUAGAAUUUGGUUUGAUAGUCAUACAUAUCCAAAUUCAGCUACUGUUUCUUACUUUGAUGGUUUGCUUGCCUUGGCUACUGAGACCUAAAGUUCAGAACAUGUUCCAGCAAAACAAGGAGGGUGCAAUAAAGAGCCUGUGAGGAGAGUCCCAAGGGCUCUAUAAGGGCUGCAUUUGGACCUUGGGGUUUUUUUUUAAAAAAAAUUCAGCAGUCUUCCAUGUGCUAGGACACUAGGACUUAGGGAUGUUUUUCUUCUUUCAAUUCAGCUGCUAUUUACUUGAAGAACAUGGUGACGCAGUACUGGCCAGACCGAGAGCCACCACCUGGAGAAGUGAUAUUUCCAUUCAACAUUCAUGAAAAUGAUCGGCAACAGAUUCGGGAUAACAUUGUGGAAGGAAUUAUUCGUUCUCCAGACUUAGUGAGGUAUGUCAGGCUUGGGGACAUGCAUCAGAAUUCCCUGAAUUGUGUUCCAGGGAGAACUAAUGCUUCCAUUAGGUAUGAAUUAUGCAGAUCAUGCUACUUUACGUCAGUUUUUACUCUGUAUUUUUCUUUUUGAAAAUUGUGGUUUUCCAGGAGGUGAUGGGUUAGGAAGGGUAAUGGAAAGUAAGCUAAAGGACUUGGAAUCACUUCUGCAAUAAUUCUUAAGUGGAGGCUUCCCAGAGAGCUGUUUCUAAAGAAGAUGGUUUGGAUAUUUCAUGUUAAGGUCUAAAUGAGAGUUGUAGAGAGGCAGGCUAAUGAACAAAGGGCAAUUAAAGCUAAAAUAUCAUAUCCUUUUCUCACACCAAGGAAGUUUUGUUUCCCAGAUGAAGAUAAAUAAAACCCUUUAUAAUCCGUUUUUGACCCAGUCUAGAUGAUAAAGAAAGGUCUGUUCUCACCCUGCCUGCCAGCUGUUCCACAUGAGUGUGUAAUAGGGAAAGGCUGUAGUUCCUUGGUAGAGCGCAUGCUUUGCAUGCAGAAGGAUCCAGGUUCAAUCUCUGAUGUUUCCAGAUAGGCUGGGAAAGACUCCCGCCUGCAGCACUGGAAAGCCGCUGCCAUUCAGUGUGAACACUACCGAGUUAGAUGGACCAAUGGCCUGGCUUGAUAUAAGGCAGCCUCCUGUGUACAUGUGCAGGCCUGAUUGAUACCAACACAGAAUCCAGAAAUGGGCUGUGCGAUUUGGUCUGAGUGUGCGGAUAUAUGCACAUGGGCCCUCUGCAGACAUUAGGUCUAUUCAUGGAUAUCGGGUGGCCCAGUGGAUGAUACCAUCUCACUGUCCCACUGCAUAUAGCCUCUAGGUCACCCAGGAUUGACCCUGGGUUAAUCAUAGAGACUGAUGGUCUGCAAGUUUGCAAAUCUUGUGUGCUUUAGUUUCUAGUAGUCAUUAAUUUGUGUGUAUGUUGUUUAUUUUGUUAGUCCAUUGCUCUCUGAUAACUCGAGGAGGAAGGAGAAGACACCAGCAAUAUGGUUUCAUUACACAGUAUCCAACUAAACAGUUCCUCCUCUUCUUCUUCCACUAGUGCAGUGACUUCUAGGUGUUUUAUGGAAUUGCCCUGCCCUCUCCUCUCCCUGUAUGACCCCUAAAUCUGUUCUUGGGUUUCCCCCAACCCUUCAGAGCAGAUUUAUAGGGCAAGCUGGGCAUGUGCAGGGAAGUUCCAAUCCAUAGCUAAAACGCCUUGCACUAGUGGAACUUUGUGGUUGCAUACUGCCCAUAGUUACACUGAAUGUGAUUUCACAUAUAUCCCCUCAUCCUGUCUUUGUCUUUUGAAAGGUUUCUGAUAUUCUCCUUUUGCGGAGGAUUGUCUGAUAGCAUUUGUUUAUUUGCUCUGGGUUUCUGACAUGCUUAAAGAAUUUGCUUCUCAAACUGUUUACCAGAAUGUGUUACUUGCUGACACUCUCUUCUUCUUCCCCAACCUUUCAGGGCCCAGCUGACAAUGUGCCUCCGCACUAUUAUCAAGCAUGACUUUCCAGGUCACUGGACUGCAGUGGUGGACAAAAUAGGCUAUUACUUGCAGUCUCCCAAUAGUGGGAGCUGGCUUGGAAGUCUGCUGUGCCUGUACCAACUCGUGAAGACCUAUGAGUAAGUGGAUCUUCUUCUGGGAAAGCCCCUUGCCCAGUAGCCUUGCUCAUACAGAUGGCAGUGUCUGGAGAGCACCUCCAAAUACAUGCAUGUACCCCUCCUUUUGCCUUGACUGGUUCCUUGGAGAAAUAGCUUCUCAAUUCUCAAAGUAGAAUGUAUGUGUGGGGAGGGAGAAAGACAGGAGUCCACCCAUGUGCUCAGGAGAAGGCAGCUCUAGCAAAUGGGAAGCAGUCCUUGCAUUCAUCAAGGUUAGGGCAGAGUGAGUAACAUGAGAAGAGAGACUCAUGCUUUUUUCCAGAUGAAAGUAGAUAGAGCUUGAUUGCUGUGUGCAAUAUGUGAGUCAACAUGAAGGUUCAAGUAAUUAUCAGAUUACUUGAUAAUGCUGUACAGCUGUGUAAGUUAUAGCAUAUUUGCCAAUAAGUCUCUGAUUUGCUGUGCUGAAAAAUAGAUAAAAAUGGUCAUGCAGGGGUGGAAGGAUGGCAAGCAAUAUUGAAUCUUUUCCUUAAAAUGUAGAAGAAUUAGGACAAGUGUAAAAGUUUGCUCCCUAAUUGUUUCUGGGUCUGGCUACUUCUACAGAUACAAGAAGGCCGAGGAGAGAGAGCCCCUCAUCGCUGCAAUGCAGAUAUUCUUGCCUCGGAUUCAGCAGCAGACAAUCCAGCUCCUUCCUGACAACUCCCAUUACUCUGUGCUCCUUCAGAAACAGAUCUUAAAGAUUUUCUAUGCACUUGUUCAGGUAUGAGCCUCUGCACGUAAAGCAAUCAGAUUAUAGAGAGUUCUGGGGUGGGUGUGGGGGACCCUCUGCAUCAUUUCCCUUAAGAGGCAUACUUCAGAGUGUUUCAUUCACUUCAAGCUUGCUUACUUACAAAUUUGGAUGUUUAAGAUUACAGUCUUAGGCCUGGACUUCACAGUAUUUCAGAAAAGAAAAAAUGCUAAUGAGAGAUUGUAACGCCUUACAAUAAGCCUGCAACUUGCAUGCGGGUUACGUUCUGAGGAUUGUGCUUAAAGCCAAAAUCAUGUAGAGUCAAAACACAUUGGAGGUACAGUAAUGGCAGUUGGAAUUGCCAAAGUCUUUUUUCCUGAAUUUCCUCCCCCUUUAGAAUUUUUUUUGCCAAGUGCGUAAAGCUGAAUGAGCACAAGUUAAGUGUGUGCAAGUUGCAGGCUUACUGUGUGUUUAUAAGUGCCCCUGGAAUGGACAUAUUUAGUCCUCUUUAGAAAGUCCUUAACUAUGUAAGUUUGACUGUGUAAAGUGGGGAGCUCUUUGUACUUAAGAAGGCUUCUUGGACAUUGUAGAAACCAAGAUUUCCCUUCAAAUGAAUGGGGGCCUUAUUUUCUAAGUCUAAUUGCUGUGCAGGGAGGGAAACUGAUGAGGAGAGGCAUUUUGCAGCCCUGACACCUUUUUUAGAACACCCUUUCUGCAUUCCCUUUCUGUUACUUCUGUGUAUCACAAUACCUCCACACUUCCCCCCAUGCUUCUUCUGUAUUCCCCUGUGAAGCUCCUGAUGUACUCCUCUUAAAUAAAUCGCUGAAAGUCAUUGCUGCCCAUGGAUGACCAGGUGACCAUCACAUAACAUACACUCCCAGGGCAUUAAGAAAGGUAGUCCUACCCUGUCUCUUGGAGCAAAAAUAAGUAAAUAAUCCAGCUGCGUUGUGGUGUUGUAUCAGUAGUAUAAUAAAUUGUUUUCUUUAAUAAAAACAAGGUGUAAUCUCUGGAUUCUAGUGCAAAUAAUAUAGUCUGGAAACACAGCAAUACCUUUACUCUUUGUGUGUGACACCCUGCCCCACCCCAUCUUUUUCUUCCUUUCUUUAAUUCCAGUAUGCACUGCCACUUCAGCUGGUGAAUAACCAAACCAUGACUCAGUGGAUGGAGAUUUUCCGGACUAUCAUCGACAGAAGUGUGCCUCCUGUAAGGAUUCUAUUACUGGGCAACACUAAUGCCUUUGGGGAAUAAGAAAGGGGGAAGUGUAGUUUAAGGGGCAUAUUAACUUAACACCGCCCCCACCCCCCCAGUUUGCAGUGUUAUUAGAGGCUUAUCCUCUAGUUGUGUUCCAGUAUUUUAAAAAAGGAGGCAGAAAGAAGGACAGGAGCAAUUGCUCACACUUUCCACUAGCUUGGCAAGAAUAUAGUGUUUCUGAAAUACAAGGAAGAAGAUACGUAGGAAAAUCUGACUUCAGGUGCCUUCCACAAACCUGCUGCCCCCCGCCAGCCCUCUUGGCCUCUGUAAGCACCGAGUGAUGUCAUCACAACAUGUGACCAUUGGCUGCCUUGCUCAUGGUACCCUGUUACAAACUGAGCACUGUUGCAGCCUCCCAACUACAGUAGUGUCUCUGGCUGUUGCACGGUCUCUGGGCCCUGUUGGGUUUCAGUGCCCAUGUAUACCCAGGACUUGCAAGGGACCCAUUGCCUGUGCAUCUCUGUGUGGGCCGUGUUCUAUAAAAGCAGAUUAGCACAGGAGUGUUCUGCCAAGUGUGGUUGCGGAAUCUCCCUCUUUGAAGGUUUUCAUGGAAAGCUUAGCCAGAUUCCUUUUGACCAGGCUGGGCUUGGGGCCAUUGGCUGCCUUGACAUGGGGAGAAGGAAACAAGCUUGCGCUGGAGUGGAGCAGGCAGAAGGUACUGCUCAGUUGACUCUGUUGUAGAAGCUGAUAUUGCCCGUUCCCUUACAUGCUUGAAGAUUGCUCCAAGACCUAAGUAUGUACAGUGAUGUAGCUUAGCCAGAACCUAACCUUAGUCCAUGAGGAUUGAGACUCAAGCUGUGGAGUUCGUGACAUAUGCAAGUUACCGUAUUUUUCGCUCUAUAAGACGCACCAGACCACAAGACGCACCUAGUUUUUGGAGGAGGAAAACAAGAAAAAAAAUAUUCUGAAUCUUAGAAGCCAGAACAGCAAGAGGGAUUGCUGCGCAGUGAAAGCAGCAAUCCCUCUUGCUGUUCUGGCUUCUGGGAUAGCUGCGCAGCCUGCAUUUGCUCUAUAAGACGCACACACAUUUCCCCUUACUUUUUAGGAGGGAAAAAGUGAGUCUUAUAGAGCAAAAAAUACGGUAGUUUUGCACGAUAUAUUAUACAAGCUUUAAAGAUACACAGUUUUGGCUUGAUGUUCUGUGCAUGCUAUGACAUGCCAGGGCAGGGUCUGAAGGCACCUGAUGCUGCAGCUUUGCUGAAGCCAAGCAGGUCUGAAUCUAGUCAGUGCCAGGAUGUCAGAUGCUUACGAAUCCUGUGUAUCUUGCAUUGAGGUUUACCAUGAAUAGAAAAUAAGCAGGAUAUAAUUCAUAACGUAUCGAAAGGUAUGGGGUGGACACUACAGCCUGCAUAAUCUGUGUAGUCUGCAGAGUAUGAACCAUGUGGAAUUUGCCUCAGUAACAAAUUCUGAGGGUUUUGUAUUGCUGGUUUCAGAGAACAGUCUCAAAAGAAGUAAUUUUCAGUCUUUUUACAGUGCUGUCCUAAGCAUGUUUGUUCAGAAGUAAAUAUCACUGUGUUCAGUGGGACUCUUUUGAUUAUGAAUCUUUAUAUUUUAAUGUUUGUGUUAACUGGUCUUUAUACAAUGUAAACCACUUCAAAGCCAAUUUUGGUCUUAGGUGGGGUGUGUGGGUGUGUGUGUGUGUGUGUGUAUAUAUAUAUAUAUAUAUAUAUAUAUAUAUAUAUAUAUAUAAGUUUUCUUAAUGUUCAGCGUUAAUUUGUGUACACAUUGGCUGAUAGUUAUUUCCUUUCAUUAGGAGACUCUGCAGAUUGAUGAAGAUGAUAGGCCAGAACUAGUAUGGUGGAAAUGUAAGAAAUGGGCUUUGCGGAUUGUUGCUCGCCUUUUUGAAAGGUAAAAUGCUAACUAGAGCAGAUUUUCUGAACUCUGUUUUUCUCAGCACUAUACUUCAGUCAUUUUUCUAUAUAUUUAAUGCAGAGCUUUCCAAACGCUGUGUCAUGACACGUUUGUGUGUUGCAUGAAUACUCCCUGCACCCCUCCAGGGGCUGGAAAGGGGUUAGUUUAACCUCCGGUUUGCUAGUAAAACUGAAUAACUGUGUUGCGAAGUGAGGAAUGUCUAAAAAGUGUGUCACCAACAUUAAAAGUUUGGAAAGCUCUGAUUUAUUGUAAAAAAGUAUCCUUACAAAUCUAAAACAGGAGCAGAAACUUCCAAACUUCUUAUGGCUGCACCAGAGGGGUGUGUGUAUGAGAGAGUCAUAGUCACUUGUGCCUGUAACGGUAAACCAAGGUUUAGCAUUGUGUCUGAACAAGCUCUGUAUGUUCUUUCAUACUUUUGUUCACAUCUUUUGAAAAAGUUUUACCAGUUUUACUGAAGGUCUCCAUUGAAUAUUUUCUUUUGCUCAUUUUCUGUUUCUCAUCUUGCAACUAUUUGUUGAAUUUGUAUAUCAUCCUUCAUCCAAAGAUCACAAGGUAUAAAUGAGAACAUAAAUUACAUAACAGAAAACCCAAAAACAAACUAGAGCUAUUUUGAAUAUAUCUAGAGCGUGCAAAAUCAAGCCAUGCCCCAUUAGCCAUCUUACUGCUUGCCUGGGAGUCAGGAAGUCAGGCAAGCCACAAUGCAUGGUGGGUGGACUGUGUUUGGCUUCGUACACAAGUGCAAGUCACAAGAUAUGAAGGCCUUCUCUAGUAGGCUGAUACCUUUACAUCUUUGACACAUCAUUCUUGCAGCUCUUAAGAGAAGACCAGUUUGCUUAAUGUGAAAUCUGUCUUUUACUAUAGGUGGGUUAUAACACCUGCAUGUAGUUAGCCAAGGGGAGUGUCAGGGAAGAGUUAGAAGUUUCUAGUUUCUCAGAGGGAGAAAGCAUUCCCCAAGGGGGGAGGGAGAGCAGUGAAUCUAAUAGAAGGGAGCAAGAGGAACAACAGGGAGGGACCUGCUGUUCACAGGAAAGGCAAGGGUUCAGUUCUAGCUCAGAUUGGGAGGAGGGGAGAUACAGGCCAGCUCUAGCCAGGAGGUUAGAAAAAAGAGCGGGAAAACGAAGGGAAAGGCGCCUUCGCCAUUUUGAGGGUGGCUGGUCACGGAGAAGCAGAGCUCAGAAGGUAUCUGAAAUAAGUGACUCUGAGGAAUAAUAGUUAAGAACUGUUUAUAAGAUUAUUUUGUUAAUACACAAUAAAAAGUUAUAAAAGAACAAGAAGCGUUUGUGUGGUGAUCUGAAGAGGACAACGACCAGUCCUGACAGGGAGUCACAGUGAGUGUAUGUAUCCUUGUUGCCUUGAGUGGUCCUAGAUUUUGCUUCCCUGCUUUUCUUCUUCCUUUGGUGUCCAGGGUUAUUCUGAGCACACUUUUAUAUAUGAUCAACUUUAGCAGCAUGUGUACGCAUUAACCUUCAGUUUACGUACUCGCUUUGGAUUCUUUCUUCAAGGUAUGGCAGUCCUGGGAAUGUAACAAAAGAAUAUUUUGAAUUUUCUGAGUUCUUCUUGAAAACCUACGCUGUGGGAAUCCAACAGGUAAACAUCUGCCAUUUAUUUUAUUAGUAUGAUAGUUCCACAGCAGGAAUUUUUUACCUGUCCUUGUAUCAUUUCUUUAAUGCAGGGAUAGGGAACUUGUGGCCUUUAAGAUGUUGUUGGGCUGCAAAUCCCAUUAUCUCUAAUCAUUGGCCUUGCUGUCUGGGGCUGAUGAAAGAUGGAGUCCAACAGCAUCUGGAAGGCCACACCUGAGCUUGGGACCUUCUGCACACAAAAAGUCUGCUCUAUCACUGAGCUAUAGCCCUUAGUUUUCCAGGGUGCCCCUCUUCCCAAAGUGAACUGCUGAUUAUUUUUUUUAUUGUAGCUGCCACUUGCACCUCUCUUGCCUCCAUUUUGGCCAGUAGGUCCUCCUCAGAUGAUCAAAUUUGACCAUUGGGCUUCCAGUUGCUGGUCCCUGUUGUAUGUUGUUACAGCAAAUCUUUCCCAUGGCUACCAUGUUCAGGGAUGAUGGUGGUAAUGGAAACAAUCACAGUGUUCUAAUUUUAAGGACAGAUUUUCAAAUGCAACCUGAUAUAUGUUGUUUUUCCUUUAGGUGCUCCUAAAAAUCUUGGACCAAUAUAGGAAGAAAGAGUAUGUUGCACCACGUGUCCUUCAGCAAACAUUAAACUAUCUGAACCAAGGGGUCAAUCACUGUAUAACCUGGAAGCAGAUGAAACCACAUAUGCAGGUCAAUACAAAAAUAGUGAUUGGUGUCCCUGCACAAAUACUGAGGAUUUGAGCUAGAGCUUUUCAUGUAGUGUUGGAGCUUGAAAAAUGAAUUACAAUAAUUAACAUUGCAAUUACUAUAACAUUGCAGUUACUAUAAUGGGAAUGCAGUCACUUGGACAGAAAUAACCAGUCAAUAGCAUAUUUAUUUCAUUUAUCUGUAUUUUAUUCCACACCAUCUGUAGGAUUUAGAGUGCUCUCUCUCUCUCUCUCUCUCUCUCUCUCUCUCUGUGUGUGUGUGUGUGUGUGUGUGUGUAGCUAUCUCCCACCCCUGCCUGAUAACAUUUAGUAAUGUAAAGCAUGUGAUGUGACAUCAUUGCAUUAGCUGCUGGAUUUGGGGGGUACAGUAUGCAGCACACUGUACUGCUGCAGGAUUCAUAAUGAUGAUUUGUUGAGGUGAGGACUUGUGUUUGAAUGAUUAAUAAUGUGAUUUUGCUCUGUUGAACAUUCUCUUUGCAUUUUUUCCUAUUAGACUGUGUGUGAAGAAGUGAUCUUUUCCCUGAUGUGUUAUAAAGAUGAGGAUGAAGAGCUCUGGCAAGAGGACCCCUAUGAGUACAUCCGCAUGAAAUUUGGUAAAUAUGGUAAAUAUGUAUUAUGCAUCAGCUAGAUGAUUUCCUUGCUAUCACUGAUAUUAUUUCCCAGUAGCACCCAAUGUUUGAACAGAUUACUAUACAUUCAGAUCAGCCUACAGUGAGAAGUUUUGUUUGUUUGCACCUGUAAUUUUGUUAGUAUUUAGGCAAUAUAACAAAAGGAGAUAAAACAAAAAAGAUGGCAAAGUAGGACAUGCCCCUGUUUAACCUGUCCAUUGUACCCCAUCCCUAAAUAACAGUUUGUUUAAGCCUCCAUAAAUGAUGAUUGUGGUGAGGUGUCUGUUAAAAACACAAAAUAAGGGAGAGACAGUAGGAUAUUGGCUGAAAGCUGUUUACUUCCAUUAGUGAUUGCUCAUUUAAGAAAUAAAAAGAGCCUUGUUGGGUUGUCCUUGUUCUGUCAAUUUCAGAAUGAUUUGUCAAAAUGUUCUUGUUAAAGAUUGUGCAGUAACACUUGAUGUGGUUUUCUUUUCUUGUUCUUUUUGUUGUUGUUGAAAACUUGAAAGAUGUCUUUGAAGAUUAUGCAUCCCCUACAACAGCUGCUCAGAUACUUCUGUACACUGCAGCAAAAAAGCGAAAAGAGGUACUUAUAAUACAAACACUAUGACAUUAUAAAGGCUUGUACCGCUUCCUCCAUUCUUCAUUGGCUGUGAUGGGAAGCCUGUGGCCCUCCAGAUGUUGUUGGGGAUGGGAAUUGGAAUCCAGCAACACCUGGAGGGCCAAGAUUUCCUAUCCCUGCUUAAAGGCUAUUUGUCUCCCUUAAAAAAAAUAAAUCUUUAUUACAUUUUAAUCCUCUUUGUUAGCCAAGUUGCUCAGGAGCAGUGUACAAGGUAUGUCCCUGCCUGAAAAUCCAAUGUUAUCCUUGCCAUGACUAUCUGAGCUGGUUCAGGCUACAGUGACCCCUCCCAUUCCUCCAGUCUGGACUGAUGCUGCACUCACUCCCCCCCCAUGGGUCACUCUCCCCAUGGGUCAUCUGGCAUUCAUCAACAGCACCACCAGUGUCUUCUUGGUUUAAACAGAAUGACUCCAGUAUUUUUUACUUUCUAGUUCUUAAUUUUCUGCAUUUUGUUCCAUCUGUUUAGGUGUUACCCAAAAUGAUGGCAUUUUGCUAUCAGAUACUUACUGGGCCCAAUGUUGACCCUAGGAAAAAAGAUGGGGCAUUACAUGUGAUAGGAUCUUUAGCAGAGAUUUUGCUGAAGGUAAGCGGAUGAAGACUUGUAAGAUACAUGUAGUUUUGCCACCAAAUAUGUAGUCUUCAAUGUGAUUCAUGAAAACCUUAAUGCAGGGAUCAGAAUGCACAUGUAUAUCUCUGACAGAAGGUCUGUGUAGAGCAGGAGUUGAUAAGGGGUUCUAAGAGAGAUGAAUGAAAAUGGAAUGAACCAAGAUUCGUACAGUAUAUUUUAAUUAGUAUUCUGGGACUACCUGGCAAGUCCUGUUGUAUACAUGUAUUUCAUCAGAGACAUGCAUGGAAAUGAAAUUGAUCUGUGGACAGUAAGGCAUGGUAAGUAGCUCUAGAAUGUUCAUUAAAACAGACGUAUCCUAGUUGUUCUGUUCAAUUUAAAUACCAUCUUGAAAAGCAGGUGUGCAUCAGAGGGCACUUUGGUCCUCAAAACAACUUGAAAUAAUCCCAUGGUAUGCUAUUGGCCCGUAAACCAGUAGUAGCACUUGAAGACGAGAACAGUCAAGCUAGACAGGAAUUUAGCCUGUGCAUCAACAGCCAGGUCUAACCAAAGGAGAGAGCUACAAGGAAGCCUCUUAACAAACGAGGCAAUAUCUCUGGUCUAUAUCAAAACUCCCAGGUUUUGUUUUUCACCUGGUCUUAGAAAGAUAUUCUGGUCCUUUCUGCAGUCUUACUUAAGCACACGAGAAGAGCCUUGCUGGAUCAGACAAAAGGCCCAUCUGGUCCAGUAUCCUGUUCUCAUAGUGGCCAACCAGAUGACUUUGAGUUCAACUGUGCAUGUGACUCCCAGCAAUUGAAAUACAUAGGCAAGCUGCCUCUUAUAGCCUCCUUCAUCUCUGUCUCAUCCCACUUACUGAGCAGGAGUCAGCCCAACAGUGAAGGCCUCAUGCAGACACUUAGGGGCUGCUUUGUAUGUUACAACUUUAGCUUAUAUCUGCAUUGCACAUACUGAGCUAUAGCUUGCAGUACUCCCAAAAACAUGCUUUGAAAUGCACAUUUUUGAUACAGGCAUAUGCCAUAGGGAACUCUCUUUGGCAGGUUCCCAUGUAAGAGGUUGGAUAUUCCUGUAAAACUCUUAAUUCAUAGCAAGUCCGCAUUUCUGGAUACAUGUACCUUCAUAGGGACACAUUCCCACCUGUGGCUGUAAUUGGCCUGGACAGCAUAACAUAUUAACAGUCGGGCAUUUCUGCAUUUUAUUGGACUUAUAUAAUGCCAGAAUAUUUUCUGAGAGUGAACUUGAAGCUAGAAGCUGAUUUUGGUUUAUAUUUGUGCAAUUAGUCUAGGGGAGUUAAAUUUUGGGACAUAAUUGAAUGUUGUCACAUAUCAAAAUGGAGACUAACCUUUUUUGUGGCUACUGUUAAUUCCAUCAGAAGAGUGUCUUCAAGGAUCAAAUGGAGCUGAUGCUACAGAAUCACAUCUUUCCACUGUUCAUGUCGAACCUGGGGUAUUUGAGAGCAAGAGUAAGUGACCAGAGCAAGUGUAUCAUUCUGCAGUAACUUGCUCUUCUUAGCAUCAUUUAGAGAGCAUGCUCCUUCUUACAGCUUCUGGGAGGCUGAUUUAAACUUGUUUGGUUUCUCAAGGGGCAAUGGGGCGAGAUGGCAUUGGGGAUGUUGUUUUGCACAUUGUUGCUCUUUGCUUUUUUUGUUUGCUCUUUUAUUGCUGACAUUCUUGCUUGCUGCCCCUCUCCUGAAGGUUGGGUAACUGUCUGGAGCAACAUUUUCAUGUGGCACAAAGGACUGUUGCCUGUGCAAAACUGCCUUAGUUAUACACAAGUGUCUCUUUGGAACUUGGCCUAGAAUUUUAAUGGUUGUUGUUGGUAGUGGUGGUGGCUUUAAUCAGGGGUGGAUGUGCGCGUGCGCGCGCACACACACACACACACACACACAGUUGUCUAAUGUAAGCCUCUUCAAACCAUAAUACAGUGGUACCUCAGGUUACGUACACUUCAGGUUACAGACUCUGCUAACCCAGAAAUAGUGCUUCAGGUUAAGAACUUUGUUUUAGGAUGAGAACAGAAAUUGUGCUCCGGCAGCGUGGCAGCAGCUGGAGGCCCCAUUAGCUAAAGUGUUGCUUCAGGUUAAGAAUAGGUUCAGGUUAAGUACAGACCCCUGGAACGAAUUAAGUACUUAACCUGAGGUACCACUGUAUGGGGUACAAGUCUAAUCAGCUGAGAACUACCAGCACACAACUAGAUUCCUUAGAGAACAACAGAACUCAGUAGUGUCUGUUUUGCUUUCUCCCUCUUAUGCUGCAGUCCUGUUGGACUCUUCAUUCGUUCAGUACUUUGGAAUUCCACAAUGAACUCAACCUAAGGAAUGCUGUUGAGCUAACAAAGAAGAGCCUGAUUGACGACAAAGAGAUGCCUGUCAAAGUGGAAGCUGCCAUAGCACUUCAAUCCUUAAUAAGCCAUCAGGAACGAGGUUUGAUUUUGAUUUUCUUUCUUUCUUUCUUUCUUUCUUUCUUUCUUUCUUUCUUGCCUCUGCAUGAACAUCCCCAGUUCAAUUCCAAUGCCUAGUUGCUAAACUUCAGAUUCCUUCUGUCAAAAUAAAUGAAUAUUAUGAUAAUUCUCCUCUCUGUAAUGACAGACACUAGAAUAUAGAAUAUGUACCAGCCAGGAAGGGUGCAUCCUUGUUCUCACCCUACUGUGUAUUGUUGCUGUAAAGGUGCACCCAUGUAUUGAGUAUCUAUGCUCCAAUAACAUCAAUGCAUCUGUUGCUACUCUAUCAAGCAUCCUACUAUGUGGUUGUUACUGACUGAAUAAAUGCCCAUGUAGUUCAUUAUUGGCCAUUCAUUUCCCAUUCUUUGAACCUUCAUUUAAGUGUCAGGUAUUUUGACUGCUAAUUAUGCAAAUAGGUCUGAGAUGAAGGUUAGGAUUGGUGUAAUAGCUGCAGACGUUACAGAACCCUGCUUUAGCAAGUCAUCAUAUACUAUCUUCUGCAAUUUUUUUUUUUUUGAGAAAGGGAGCAAGGCGGACCUGAGUGUAUCUUCAAGGAUAAAGAUGCAAAUUCCCCAAAUGGUCUGUUUAGUUUUCUCCCUUUUUCAGCUUUCCAACAUACCACUUUUUCUUGCACCAGUGAAAUAGUUCAGGAAUAGAAAGCAGACAGAUAUGUGUACCUAAGAAGCACUGAUAAAUAGAUAGAUAAAAUGAUAGAUAAAUAGAUAGACAGAUAGAUAUCUAUAUUUUAUCUUUCUAUCAUUUUAUCUUAUCUAUCUAGGGGGUUUAAUCCUAAUCCAGAGCUCCAUGCAUCUUCAUUUAGCAAAUGACCCCUUCUAUCUUUUUCUGUGUUGUUUUUCUGUGUGCCUUUUUAGCAAAGGAAUACAUUAAGCCCUACAUCAGGCCAGUUAUGCAGGAGCUGCUGCUUGUUGUUCGGGAGACUGAGAACGAUGAUCUCACCAAUGUAAUCCAGAAGCUGAUUUGUGAAUACAGUCAGGAAGUAGCAACAAUUGCUGUUGAAAUGACACAGCACCUGGUAAGAGAUAGCAGUGCUCUGAUACAGAGGAAAACCUCUGAUGUUUCUGGUUCCAGUUGAUCUUGUUGGAAUCCAGAAUUUAUUAAGGGAUGUGUAGCUUCCAGCUUUGGCAUUGUAAAGACCAGUCUGCAUGUCUAUAAAAAUAAGUUUUAAACGACUUGGAGAAAAUUAAUUGAAUGCAUUUCUCAUUUUAUCUCAAUAUAAGGCAGUACACCCUGGAAAAUUCCCAUGUGUUUUUGCCCAUACCACAUUUUUUUUCAAUGGGUUAACCCUAAAUAUUGAAACUUUUGUUAUAUUUUUAAACUGCUUUAAAAAAUUAUAUCCUGGUUUUCAAAAACACUCAGCCUGGAUUGCUCUCUUUUCCCCACCUUACAUUCUCAGCUGUUUACAUGCAUUUCAGGCAGGUUUAUAGUCUGUGGAACGAAACUCUUACAUAAAGAGUGGAGAACCCGUGAACCUCCAGGUGUUGUUGGACUCUGUCUCCCUUCGCUUCCAGUCAAUAGGGCUCAUGGUUGAGGAUGAUGGGAGUCAGAGUCAAACAACACCUGGAGGCUCUCAGGUCUUACGUUUAACAUGCACACCUUGUCUUCAUCCAAAACUGCAACUAGGUUUGAGUACAGUGGUACCUCGGAUUACAGACACUUCAGGUUACAGACACUUCAGGUUACAGACUCCGCUAACCCAGAAAUAGUACCUCGGGUUAAGAACUUUGCUUCAGGAUGAGAACAGAAAUCGCGCAGCGGCAGCAGGAGGCCCCAUUAGCUAAAGUGGUACCUCAGGUUAAGAACAGACUUCCAGGUUUCAGGUUAAGAACAGACUUCCAGAAUGAAUUAAGUUAACCCAAGGUACCACUGUAAUUGUCUUUUCUCACAUCCCACCUCUCCUCCUUUCUCUCUCUGUUGCUAAAUAUUGCUUUGCAAGCUGCUUGGAGCAAGAACCAUUCUAGGACACUACAGUGGUACCUUGGUUCUCGAACUUAAUCCAUUCCAGGAGUCCAUUCAACUCCCGAAACUGUUUGAAAACCAAGGCACGGCUUCCGAUUGGCUGCAGGAGCUUCCUGCACUCAAGCGGAAGCCACGUCGGACAUUUGGCUUCCAAAAAAUGUUUGCAAACCAGAACACUUCCGGGUUUGUGGUGUUCGGGUGCUGAUUUGUUCAGUAACAGCCAUUCGAAAACCAAUGUACCACUGUAUAAGGUUUAGUUUAGUUUAGUUUAGUUUAGGUAUAUGUCGCUUUUCCACAGUGAAUUGUGCUCCAAGUGCCUCACAACAAGCAACUCGGUGUAUCUGAGUGGUAGAGCAUCUGCUUUGUAUGCUGAAGGUCCCGGGUUUGAUCCCUGUCAUCUCUAGGUAGUGCCCUGCCUGAAACCCUGGAGAGCCGCUGCCAGUCAGUAUAGACAAUACUGAGCUGGAUGGGCUACUGGUCUGACUUGGUAUAAGACAGCUUCCUAUGCUUAUUAUCAACAUACCAAACAUUUGAAACGAUAUGUAUAAUUUUUUACAAAACAUGUCAAUCAAUUCACAUAAGACCUUAUAAGAUCAGAUAAAUAGGAUAAGUUCAACAGUACAAAGAAAUAAUCUAUAUACAGAGAAAACUCAAACGUUCAGGAUGGGGGCAGGCACAGGGAAGGCUACACUACAAGUUCUAGUCUUGCAUUCCAAGGGCCAAGCAGCCUGGCUAAAAUGCCGUUUGGGAACUAGAUAGUUCACAGCCGGCUCACUCACUAGAGGAGGCCAACACAGCCAAUGGGAAGUGCUGUGGAGGGCAAUGAUGGUAAGCCCUCUUCCCCAGGCUUCCAGGUGUUCUAACCACUAGUGCAGGACUUACUGCUGUGCCCAUUGAUGGCUUUAAUACAUAAUAAUAAUAAUAAUAAUAAUAAUAAUAAAUAAAUAAAUAAAUUAUUAUUAUUAUUCAUAGUCUCCAAGGAUGACAUAAUCAGCAGGCUGCUUCUCCAUUGUUUUGUGUCUUGAUUUCUUUAGGCAGAGAUAUUUGGGAAAGUUCUCCAAAGUGAAGAAUAUGAAGAACUGGAGGAUAAAACUGUCAUGGCUAUGGGGAUCCUUCACACAAUUGAUACAAUCCUUACUGUCGUGCAAGACCACAAGGAGGUGAGCCUUCUCCAUCACUUGUCAACAGGUGGCGCUGUGGGCCUAUUCUGUUCCACAAAACCUUUGCCUACAGCUUUCAGCCAGUCAUAAUUUUAAAACAGUUUUAAAUUUAGCUUUUUGUUUUAGGGCAACUGAUCAUUUAAACAAAAGCAUUCAGUUGUUACUUUCAUGCUAUAAACAGUCUCUGUCUCUUCUUAUUCUAGAUAACUCAACAGUUGGAGAGCAUUUGCUUACAGAUCAUUGGCCUCGUCUUGCAGAAGCACGUAAUAGGUAAAUUUAAAAAGCUGACCUUCUAGAAAAUAUUUCCAGAUUUUUUGUUUGUGUUUGUAUUGCAGAGAACUAAAUGCCAGUCUCAAAUUAGAUAUUAGAAUAUAGUACAUCCUCUUUUUCCAGCCAGCCUUUGCCAAUCUGGUGCCCUCCAGAUGUUUUGGCCUGGAUUGGUGAAGGCUGCCUUAACAACUUAUUUUCGCUGCUAUCCACUUCGGUUUAGGCAUAAAUAAGUCACCUGUUGUGAAUUUACUUUUGUUGCACAUUAGACAUAUAGAUUGCUUUCUGUAGUGCAAAUUGGAAGGCCAAUGGAACAACAGUCAAUUCAGUUCUAGACAUACCUGAGGAAUUGACAGUGGGGCACACAAUGGGAGUAUAGUAUUGUAAUGUCCAGGUUCAAAUUGCACUAAAUGUGUAGUUUUGUUUAAGCCCUGAAUCAAGUCUAUGCAGUGCUGGUUGGUAAAUUCCUUACUGUCACACCUUCAGGUGAACUGGCAAGCUUGCUGUCAGUAUACCUCAAGGAAGACAUGAUUGCAAAACAUGUUUGCUGGUUAAAAUUGCUGUAUAAAGGAUUGAUAAUGGUAUGAAUUUUUGCAGUUUGUGUGGGAUUUGCAAACUUUUAUUUUCAGACCUCAUCAGAUCUGCGGGGGUUUCCCUUUCAGAGUUCUAUGAAGAAAUCCUCUCUCUAGCAUACAGCUUGACGUGCCAUCUUAUUUCACCUCAAAUGUGGCAGCUUCUGGGUGUCUUAUAUGAAGUAUUUCAACAGGAUUGCUUUGAGUACUUUGCAGGUAAUGAGCUCUGUAGUGUGUUCUGAAAGGGGAUUGACUGAUGUUAUAAUAACCUGAGAGACUGGAGCAGUAGAUCUGUUCAAGUAACUCGAUUUGAAGUAUUAUGUUGGCUAGCAGUAGUUCAGGAAGCUAUGAUGGAGUGUAUCAAUUGUCAAUUUGUCUCAGCUGAGUGAAAACAAGCUUGCAUUGUUCCUCAGUGCUAUAGAUUCAGAGCUGCAUGUGCACGGGAUAGCCUUGUGCAGAGUGGUGUGCACUUAAUUUGGGCUGUGGCAAUCCAGUUUCUGAGACCUAUAUAAACUCUGCAUAUUGAGUAAAUUUGCACAUUUCCUCCUUCCGUCAUGUAGAAGGCUUCAGGGAUUGUCAACACACUUCUGGCAUUUCUUUGGAGCCCUAGGAACUUGUUUCCCACCCCCCCCAAGUUAUUUAUGUGUUUAUAGUGCUUAUUAACAUGUACUAUGCAAGGAAAACAACUCUACAAUGCUAACCUUACUUUUGCUCUCAAGCUUAACUGUUUUGCUUGCCUUUGUCUAGAUAUGAUGCCUCUCUUGCACAACUAUGUCACUGUUGAUACCGAUACGUUACUGUCAAAUCCCAAAAAUUUAGAGAUAAUUUACACCAUGUGUAAAAAGGUAAGUAUUGCCAUUGUUCAUACCUUUACCAACUAGGUAUCAAAAAUGAAUAUGAAAAAGUGACCGAAAAAUGUAGCACUGGGUGAAAUGUAAAGGUCACAAGUAGUCCUGUUUAGAACUGCUUUUAGCAUACAUUCUCUGCUUGCUUCCCUUCAGCAGACUUCAAACCCAGGGUCUGAGGGUCAUGCCUGCAUGUUACCCUGACAGGAUGAGUGUAGUUACUUAUACCCACUGAUUUUGGACAUGGUAUGGCUUUCUAAAAAAAACAGGAUUUUUCUGCCCACGCCAUAUGUUGGAUCCUUUUCCAAUUCUGUUACUUCUUUCACUUAGGUUCAUAGCACAUCAGCAUGCAAGACACCCACUUUACAACUAGAAAUGAUGUAUAUCCUACACAAAAACAUAUGCUAGAAUACUGUGAAUGUGUUUGUCUUUUAAAUACAUGAGCUGUACCAGCAAACAGGACAAACACUUAUUCUGUUCUUGAAUAUUCAGUUUCAGUUGCUCUUCCUAAUGUGCUUGUUCUGGGAAAAGUCCCACAGAGUAUUAGUAGAAUUGCCUUUCUCUAGUAGAGGGCCAUGCUUUGGCUCAGUUUGCUUGAGCAACACGGAGCUUUUUGCUCUGCCAUGCAUCCUCUUUGCUUUUAGCAUGCCGAGGUCUGAACACUUGAGGUAGAUCUGCUGGGAUUGACAGCUGUGCAUUGCGUGCAGGCUUUGUACUAAAUGGCCUCUUGGCCUAUUCUAGCUCCAUGAAUCUGACAGUGAGACUUGAAAACAGAAUAACAGAUCCGAGCUCUCUUGCUUUUUGCUCACUGAGCCUGUUGAGCGUAAUGUUUUGAGAACUCUUAAUUCACAUACGGAUUCAGACCACAAUGUUCAAGAUUCUACCCUGUUUUUGAAGGCUGGGGAUCAAUUUCAGUGAGUGCCACUUAACUCCACGAAAAGGAAUAAAAGUGCCAAUACUAAGACUCCCAUUAUGGGAACACCUUAAAAUUGUUACUGUUCAGAUUUACUGUUUAUCCCUCAUUUCUGUAUAAGCUCGUGUGAUUAGCCCCUCUGUUUUUAUGUCUGCUCUUCUCUUGUUAUCCAGUUAUGUUGGAUGCCUUGCUGAUUAUUCAGAUAAGAGGUCAUACUGUAUUGGAAAAUAUGUUUCUCAGAUAUGACAUGAAUGGUUCAGAACAGUUUCCAUUUACACCCUGAGCAAACAUGUUCUGUUUGGGCAUGUUUAGUAUCAACUGACAUCUCAGUAAUUUGUUUAUGGUUUUGUUGCUAGGUAUUAACUGGUGAUGCAGGAGAAGAUGCCGAAUGCCAUGCAGCCAAGCUCUUAGAGGUCAUUAUUCUGCAAUGCAAAGGGAGGGGUAUUGACCAGGUAAUCAUAGAAUCAUAGAGUGGCAUACAGUUUUUCUUUUGCUGAUGAUCAUUAGAUAGAACUAGCUUGAGAUGGGUCUAGUUUGUGCUUGGAGGAAUGGGCUAUUUGGCCUAGGUUAUUUUUUUGUAGUGCUGGGCUAGGUGUCACUUUGAUUCAGCAUGACAGAUGGGGCAAAACAUGGCUACCUUGGCAAGGAAUUCCACAGUCUAGACACAAUCACUGAGAAGGCCCCCUCUCCAGUCCCAAGAGGGCCUGCACAGAAUACCUUAGUAAGCAAGCAUGUCUUAGUAAGCAAGCCUGAAUUCUACUCAGUAUUGAUCCAGAGCAGUAUUCCAAUGAAUAGUUAGCAGAGUAAAAACUUAAACAUGUUGCAGGAGUCCCAAAAAAUAGACCAUUAAUAUUUCAUCCGGCAGAGCUUUACUGCUGUUGAAGGCAAAUAAGCAUAAUGGUCACAAAUCCAAUACAUUCAGGAUUGGCACUGUCCAUAAGAAAUCCAGUUGCAGCAGACUUAACUUAAACUUACAAUAACUUAUAAUAAGACUAAGCCUUAACACUAAGCAUGCUAUAUACAGAACACCGCAACAAAAAGAAAGAGAGAUAGAAAAGAGUGAAACCCAGGCCCCUUCUGGCCUUAUUAUUUUAGUCAGCAUGACCUUGACAGGAAGAGAUAACAGGACCUGUUUAAGCCAGCUGUACUCAGCUUCCCAAACAUCAGGAAUCUUCUUGUUUCUUUCACACAGAGAGGCUUCCAGAACCCUCUUGAAUUAAUUAGAAUAGGAAAGAUCUCUACACAUCGGAUCAAUACUUUCUGUACCAAGAAAUGUAAACUGACAGGCAGUCCUUUAGAUAUCCCAGUCCCAAACCAUAAAGGCUUUUCAAGGUCACCACCAGCCCUUUUGCCAGUCUGUUCCUUCAGUCAGACGGCCACCUGCUGCCCACUGCUCUGGGUAGGGAGGGUGAAAGGGGUGUGAGCUGCAUGGGAACCUUGUGCAUUGCCACCUUUUCCUGUUGGCAGCUGACAAAAUUGGGCAAGAGGAGAAUAGUGGGGAUGUUGAGGGGGCGAAGGGGGUCAUGGUGGGAUGCCAAAGGAGAAGAGAAAAAAGGGGGAGAGCUGGGGAAGCAGAUAAAGGAAAAGGUUGAACAAGGAGUUGGGGGAGGUUGGAGGCUUCCCCUCCAAAGCACUCUUCAUCUAUCAUAGGACCUCCAUAGUCCCCGCAAGCAUGGCCAAUGAGUGUUCCCCACACCUGUUCUAUCAAAUUGAGAAGUUACAAUCUGAUGGUGAGAAUUUAACCACCAGAUGGCGCUCCAGGUGCUUAAAAAUAUUUCAAUAAAAAUUUGCCUCUGCUUCUCUGGCCUUCUGCUUCCAAAAUUGAUUGCCAACGUUCUGGCAGUAGCUCUUCUGCUUUGUACAUUACACAAGUAUUUGGUGGUAUCAUUCAGCUGGUGGUUAGGUGGGACUCAUAUAUGACGGGCUACAAGCUAUCUCAGAGAAGUGACCAGUAUAAAUUAUGCAUAUUUAGCAGAGUUGCAUAUUUUUUCUUAUUUUGCAUACCCCCAGGGAACAACAAAGAGCUUCACAGGGUAGUGAAGCUUUGCUUCCUGAGAACUGGAAUUCUUGUUCAGCAGUUUCUUUGGCUUUCUGAGAUUUCAUCAGGCAUAGUUCCCAUUUCUUCAGUAACUGCAGGACUGAAAAACAGGCCUUUAAAAAGAAAGAGCCGAGAUUCUUAGGAAGCAGUAUUCUAGAGCCAGUAUCUCAUUAUAUGGUUUUAUAACAUAAUUUCCCCUUCAAAGUCACGUAAGGAAUUGUGUGCUGUAUAGUUGCAUGCUUGUGAGGUAGCAAUGGGGAAACCUGUGGCCCUCCAGGUGUUGCUGGGAUCCAGUUCUCAUCAGCCCCAGCCAGCAUGAUCAAUGGUCAGAGGUGAUGGGAACUGUGGUCCAGCUUAAUCAGGAGGGCCACAGGUUCCCUGACCCUUAUUCUAAGGAAAGGUAAUUCUAAUUGUAAGUUAAAGCCUUUUAAUGCCUGGAACUUUCUCUGAACAUAUUUCAUUUCUCCACUUUCCCUUUGCUUCCUCUACCCCAUGUCUCUCCUGUUUUUCUAUCCUCAGUGCAUCCCGCUCUUUGUAGAAGCUGUCCUAGAGCGCUUAACGCGAGGGGUUAAAACCAGCGAGCUCCGCACCAUGUGUCUCCAGGUGGCCAUUGCGGCCCUUUACUACAACCCUGAUCUCCUUUUGCACACUUUAGAGAACAUCAGAUUUCCUCACAACCCAGAGCCCAUCACUGCACAGUUCAUAAACCAGUGGAUGAAUGAUACAGAUUGUUUCCUUGGGUAGGUGUCCGGUGGUUUUUCUUUUUUCUUUUUUAAAAGCUUAGGGCUUCUUGGAAAGCGACUUUUUAUUUUGGUUUGCGUAGAGGGUCCAGGAAAAUAUCAAAACCUGUGUGGAGCGAGGAUUUUCCUUGACCUUCCCCACCAACUGCAGCUCCAGAUUGUACUCUGAUAUAUUUUUCCCAACAAAGAAAAUCUAUUUGGCUCAUUUUUAAAAAAUAACAUCAUUUCCUCCAAUCGUUUUGUUUUAUAUAUAUAUACACACACACACACACACACACACACACUUUAGCUGUGUUAUGUUAAGAAGACUCCACGUCAGCCAUAGAAAUCCUCAGAAAUUACUAACUGGCAAGAAGAAAAAAUACUAGCCAUUGCUAUGUUUGCUUGGUAUAGAUGAUAUAGAUAUAGAUAUCUAAGAUGGUUCCCAAAGCAGCUUACAAUGAAAAUCCAUACCAAGGUGCAAUUAUAAUUAGGGAUAUGUUACAGGUAGGUAGCCGUGUUGGUCUGCCGUAGUAAAAAAAAAAUAAAAAAAUUCCUUCCAGUAGCACCUUAGAGACCAACUAAGUUUGUCACUUCUUCUAAAGAAGUGUGCAUGCACACGAAAGCUCAUACCAAUGACAAACUUAGUUGGUCUCUAAGGUGCUACUGGAAGGAAUUUUUUAAUUUUGUUUCAAUUAGGGAUAUGUCACUGUGCAGAAGAGGGAAGAUGCUUUUAGCCUCUGGCUGUUGGUGGUAUCAUCUUGAUUCCAGGCUGUUCUUUCCAGGGGACAUACAGGCAGGCUAGGUUGCUGGCUGAUAGUAAAGGUGAUUACCCCGCCCCUUGCAACGUCUUCUAAUAGUGCCUGAAUGGGUGGGGUGGGGGUAUUUCAGGCAAACCUCCCAAAUGAGAAAGGUAAAAUUAUCUUGUGGAAAUGAUCAGAGGGGGCAAUUGCAGUGGAGGUUUUACUGUUCUUUAAAAUUGGCAGCUUUUUAAAGAAAAAGAGAGAUGUCCCAUCCCCAUAGUUGAAAGCCGAUUCCUUCUAAAACCAUUUUGGAUACACCCCCCCCCCCACGACAAACAGCUUCCAUACCCCAAUUCACCACUUGCAAAUGAGGUGGCAAAUUGUAAGUUCCCUCCCCUCAUCCUGAAAUCAUUUUUGGGAGCUGAAUCUCACCCCUGAAGUAAAAGUGAAACAGCAGCCUCCAAUUCACCAUUUGCAAAUGGUAUUUUGGACCCCCUCCCCCAAAAAAUCAUAGGCUUUAUGCCUUCCCUCUCAGUGCAUGUAGUGUGUGCCUCCCAAUUCUGUCUUAAUGGGUGUAUAGAAGUCAUUUGCUCUAUAUAAAGUCAGGAGUUUUAAAAUGUUGUGCUUCCCACAUGCAGCAUCUGUGUGAGUAAGGGAUUUUUCACAACCUGUGCAUGGCAACAUUUAUACUGAGCUGUAAUUUCUUAACGAUAAGGAAUUUCAGAUCAUAGUUCAAUCUGUUGUGUUGCUGAAUUUUGUUGUGUUCGGAAGUCAUUUUCUGUAGACGAUCACGAUGAACAGUAACAGAGUUGUCCUUUAAGGCUGAGGAGGAAACAUUUAACAAGAACCGGAAGCCAUUUACUGUGGCUGUCUUGACAUCUUGUAAUAUUCGUUCUUGUCUUGGAGUCGAUGUUAUGUAACUGCAAAGAAUUACAGUGUCUCAUAAAUGCAGUUUUAACAUGACAUUUACUGCUCUGGUGAGUGCGUUGUAAAAGGGCUUUAUUACAUUCUGUGGUUAGGGGAGCUAUCCAGCUUUCAAAGGUGCAUCAGCGGCAGAAUGUAACUCUUUAGUAUAUAUUUUAAAAUAAAAAGGCUUUUUGUCCUGUUGUGCCAAUUAAAAAACAGAAGGCACUUCAUUCAGUUUUCUUUGCUUCUAAGACUUUCCCUCUUAGGCGAUGGUUACAUCAUGACCAAUUUAUCUAAGGCUAAGGGGCAAGAGUGGACAACUUAUUUGGCACUAAGGGCCUAGUUUUUGCCAUCAUAUUCUUCAUCUCAUUAUAAAGAUUAGAAACUUUUUUAAAAAUUUAAAACUGAGGUUUUCCGGAAUUCAACAAACAUCCAAGAGCAGAAGACCUUGGCUUAGCUAGCAAAUGCAGACAGUGGCUAAUUCUGCAUUUGAACCUCUUGUACCUUCUGCAUUCUAUACUGCUGCCACCUUGUGUUUAGGAAGGAAGCUAUGUUCCUGCACUGCAUGGGGCUGGACUAGAUGACCCUCAUGUUCCCUUCCAACUCCACAAUUCCAUGAUUCUAAGAACUUACACUGAGCCUGUUGGUCCAUCUAGCUCAGUACUGUCUACACUGACAGUCAGCAUAAACAUUACUGAACUAGAUGGACCAAUGGUCUAAGCACCUUCCUGUGUUCCUGUGUUUUAUUUUAAAUAUUAUUGUUUUAGCGCUGUUUGUCCCCUUUGGUUCCUUAGGUAGACUGGAUGGGACAUAAAUUUAAUAGAUAAUACAGUUAACGAUGAUGGGGAUUUUCUAGUCCAGCCACAUCUGGUGGAGGGCCACAGGUUCCCUAUCCUUCCUCUAUAGGAAUGUCUCCUAAAGAAAGGAGACCAAAGACAUGGGCAAUUCAUUCUAUGCUCAUUCAAACCUUGCAAGCUUGAAGCUCUCUUGAUUCCUGUUCUGUGAUCUCUGUCUCACUAAAGGCCCAUUUUGAGUUACCCUCAUGGUCUUGAAAAUAUAUUUUCCCCUCCACAGUGAAUCCUCUUGUGAGUUACUUGAAGGAUAUUCUUAACAAUUUUGUUUCUUAAAAUAUAUGUUGGGCCCAGUUGCAGCAUUAAUUUAAGAUAGAGGCACGUGCUUUGAAUGCUGAUAACACUUUACAAUAAAAGGAGCAUCCCAAGUCUUUGAGGUAAAAAAAUCCCCCCCCCCGCGCUCUCCCUUCUCCCCGCCAAAUAUUUCACUGUUUAUUGCUCCUAUUUGCAGUGGUCCGUCUGCCAAUUUUCAUUCCGUACAAGAGUGCUCUUCAGCCCAAUUGAGAUUAAUUUUUCUGUCAGAUUUAUAGUAGGUCCCACGUCAUUAUAAUUCUCCAGAGGGCAGGGCAUCUGCUUCAUUAGUAACCGCAUGUGUUUGUUUAGCAGCGGACUCUUUGCAAAUUAUUAUUCUUGGGCGGGGGGAACUUUGGAUAAUAACUGGCUAUGCCGUUUUACAGGGAUGUAACAGCACUUCUGUGCCCAGGAAAGACUCUAAAAUCUGUGCCACGUUUUUUCAUUCCAUUUUUUGUGUGUACAGCCUUUUCAGUUCUUUUCAAAUCGUAUUAUUUUGUAUUAUUUCAAACCAUAAAUGGCCUCUUUUGUUAGUGUCAGGGGCCACAUGAUAGGACCACCUUGGACACCUUUGGAUACAAGGUGGAGUAUGCACUUAGUAAAAUGUUUAAACGAUGAGCAGGGUCGGCCCACCCAUGAGGCAAGGUGAGGCGACCACCUCGGGUGGAAGGAUCCGCAGGAGCAGCAGAUCCAGCCUCCAAGGAAUGCUUCACCCUGCUGCUUCCGCCCCUGCCCAAGUGGCAGCAACAGCUGUGGUAAGCUCCUUGGAGAUGGGAACUGCUGUCUCCUCAGCAUCCGUACUCCAGUGCCAGCUCUACAGCGGCUUCUUGGCGAAUAUAAGGCACUGCUGGUCUCCUCCCACCCUUGUUCCCAUUGUAGAAGUUCACUCACUCCUUCUUCCCUGGAGGGGGACAGCGUUUUGUGGUUUGCCUCAGGUGUCAAAAUGUCUUGGGGCAGCCCUGAUAAUGAAUUUCCCACACAGUCAAAAGAGCAAACAACUCUUCUUUUUCCUCAAACCCUGCUCCGCCCUCCUACUCCAAACAGGUGACUGCACAUUGUCACCCUCCUCUGACUGCUUGCUUGUUUCUGUGUGGUGACCAAUACGUAGACCCCCGUCAUGCCGUUCUGCAGCAUGAAAAUUUGAAUGCAUGAUGUAAAUGAGAAACUUAAUUGGAGUUCUACUAUGGCUGCCACUUCAAAUCCUUUGGCUGAUGUUUGGGUUUUUCUUCUUCUUCUAGCUCCCGUCUGAAUUUUGCUUCAGGAUUUUCUGCAUCUGGUGAAUUUUUAAAUACAUAAUCAAAAGUUAUGUUCAUUCCCGUUAAACAGUGUCUAUAAAAAAAGAAAGGAAAAGCAGUAUUGGGCCUAUGUAAAGGAAGCAUCCUCGUAUGGGUUGUCCUCAUCUACUACCCAAGACAGGGAGGCCUCUUUCAGAGAGCCUAUUUGGUUGUUAUGCUGCCACCUCUGAGAGUGAUUGGGAACCAGAGCAGAGCCUCCCAGGCUGCUCUGAAAGUAAUCCUCAGCCUUUGACAGCUGAGAUGUGUUUAUAUACACAUCUCUGUUUUCUGAUUUAAACUGUAUUGGUUUCUUGUUUAAUUUCUUUUACCUGGUUUUAAAUUGUGCGACUAUAAAUUGUUGUAACGUGGUCUGAGAUCUCAUCGUGAAGGGGUUUUAAAUAAACCUGUAAUAAAUAAAAAUGGGAGAUUCUCACUCAUUUGUGUGCAUGUGUGUUUAGCCUCCAUGACAGGAAGAUGUGCAUCAUAGGGCUGAGCAUUUUGAUGGGGCUGCCCAACCGACCUCCCGCAGUAGAUGCCGUGGCGGCUCAGAUUGUUCCGUCGGUCCUCCUUCUCUUCCUGGGACUGAAACAAUUGUGUGCCACCAGGCAGCAUACGGAACAUGAAGAACAUGCUAAAUCUGAAAAGAAUGAUGCAGAAGAUAAUGGUAAAAUAAUUAAUAUACAUGUGUGCAUUUCAUUGGAAAUGGAUUUGGAGAGGGCAGGGGAGAGAUGGUUGCUAUAGCAAUACUGUUUCAUCAGCUAUCAUUUUUCUAUUUGUUACUAGCAAAAAUACCUGUCAUAAUGUCUUUCAGCUUCCUUGAGAGGGAGGGACUGCAUAUUUAAAAAAAAUUCAGAAGUACUUUACAUUCCCAUAUUGCGUUGCAGAAUAACCCUCUCUGAGAAUUGGGCCACCUCCUAGAAGGAUGAUGGUUUAAUGUUUGCCUGAGUGUAGUGCUUUCCUUAUUCUACAUAGGUGAAAUGCAAUCGCUCAUUUAUGGGAUAGCACUGGGGCCAGUUGUUCAGGAAAUUUAGAAUAUUUUUUGCUCCCCCCCCAAAGCGCCCCAUUAAAUCCUGAAUAUAUUGUGACAUGCCUUCUAUAAAAAUAAACUUUUUAACAGAAGAGAUUCCAAGUGAUGAAGAGGAGGCCAAUGAAGUCAGCCAGGAGAUGCAGGAAAACCAUACAGGUGGUGGCGGUGAUGCAGGAGAUGAAGAUGAUGAUGAUGAUGAUGACUGGGAUGAUGAUGCACUGGAAGAAACUGCUUUAGAAGGUUUCAGCACCCCUAUCGACCUGGAUGAUGGUGUGGAUGAAUACCAGUUCUUUACACAGGCACUACUAGGUACACACAUCUGAAACCUAGAGCAAUAGCAACAAAACCCACAAAUGUCUUUUGUCUUCUCCAAGGCUACAAAGUCUUUGUCAGAUUCAUUGUCAUCUUUGGAGCACAACAUUCAGUCAGCUUAUUGGCCAACUUUCAGUCCAAAACAUGCACUCUGUAUCCUACAAGGAUUCUGUGAAACACUAGUUGAACAGAAGAUAGAGGAACCCUGCUAAGCUGGAAAACUCUUUGUUUUCUUCUUGCAUUUCAGAAAGAGAAUUGCAAUCUCAAGCUGUUUUUCUGGGAAGGGUUAGCAUAGCCUAACCCUGAUUUUAUUAGCAUAGCCUAACUCAUAACUUUCUCCCAUCGUCAGAAGGAUCAUAGUCAAGUGGUAAAAAAACAUAUUUUUAUGCCAAAUGUCCCAGAUUCAGAUGUACACAAGUCUAUUUUAUUCAGGCAGAUUGUAAUGUUGGCUUUGGCAGUCAGAACUCUGGUUCAAAUCCUCUUUGGCCAUGACAUUCAGAUGUUGGCUUUGGGCAACUCUCUCUCAGCCUAACUUACCUCCCUGGAUUACAGUGGUACCUUGUUUCUCAAAUGGCUUAGUUGUUGAACAAAUUGGCUCCUGAAUGCCACAAACCCAGAAGUAAGUGUUCCGGUUUACAAAUUUUUUUUGGAAGCUGAACGUCUGAUGCGGCUUCCACUUGAGUGCAGGAAGCUUUGGAAGCCGCAUCUUGGUUUUUGAACAGUUUGGGGAGUCAAACAGACUAUCGGAACGGAUUAAGUUUGAGAACCAAGGUACAAAUGUACUUUGAAAACAAAAUGAGUUAUUGCUUCAUCAGGCGUCCUUGAGAUUCUCAGAACAAGGGCAGGAUACAAAGAUGAUAGGUAAAUUAAUGCUUACUGGGGUGGGAUGAUUAAAACCAACAAGCUUAGGGGAAGGGCUGUAGCUGAGUGAUAGAGCAAGUAUUUUGAAAACAGAAGGUCCCAGACUCAAUCCCUGGUAUCUCCAGGUAAGGUUAGGAAAAGAUCCUUGCCUAAAACCCUGGACAGCCACUGGCGGUCAGCAUAGAUAAUACUGAGCUAGAUGGACCAAUGGUUUAACUUAAUAUAAGGCAGCUACUUGUCUUCCCAGUUUGUCAUCAGAGAUAAGUUGCCAAGUAUGUCAGUACAGUCUUUGCUCACUGGAACAGAUAUUUCAGCUCAAUAUACUGAAGCCAAAGGUAGAAGAUUUCUACUUGUGAAAAGGGUUGCUUUAAUGAUAAUGGAGGAAGGUUGUGGUGGGUUGUGUAUCUGCCUUUUCUUUCUGAAACUUUCUUAAAAGAAAGACCAUUAUUUCUGUGUUGAUAGCGAUACAGAGCCGAGAUGCAGCCUGGUACCACUUGCUGACAGCACCACUCAGCAAUGAUCAGAAGACUCAACUGCAGGGCAUCUGUGCAUUAGCUGAACACCGGAGGAGUUCAGCAGGUGAGUCUGUUUAUUUACUCUGUUGCAAGGAUGUCUGUAGAAGCAUGAAUUGUACAGUGCACAAAUAAGAAUUUUAAUAUUUGCAACCAUGUCAAGUAAUUCAAGCUUCCUCAAGUUUAAAAUAAUAAAAAAACAAGUCUUAAUGUUUGUAUUAUUCUGAUUGCACAAAGAGAGAAGCACAUUCAAUAGAUUUUGCUUGCUUUUGCUCAUUGUAAGCAGCCUUUGAGUACUGGAUACUCUUUGGAGGAGGGGAGGUAUCUUCAGUUCACAAGGGCUUCUAUCCUUUUAAGAGGGACAGAUAAGUCUUCAGAUCAAAAGAGAGAAUUCUCACUGGUCCUUAUCUUCCCUGUAGAGAAGACGAAGAUAGAGAAGUGCAAGGGAACAUUUGGUGAGAGAGAAAUUGGAGGCAAUAAAUAUGAAACAGACACCGCAGACAGCAGCAGUAUGUAUAGGAUGGAGAAGCACAACUCAGAGGAGACUGUGCAAGCAUAGCUCUUCUUCUGCCCUCCCAACUUUCUCUGUUUCAGUAAGAAAGGACAAAGAAACUUUGGUGAGAGAAGUAGAAAUGGAGUUAUGCAGCGAGUUUUAAAAGUCCACUGAGAUUAAAUUACAAAAAAGCAUUUGUUGCUUUCUAUAUAUUGCCACAAUAAAUAAUCUAUCAACAUAGUUCUUGGAACCAUAGCUCAGUGACACAGCACAUGCUUCAAAUUUAGGCUCCUUGUUUUGUCCCUGGCAUCCCCAGUUCGAAGGAUUAGAUUGGUAGGUAAUGAUAGGAACCUCUGCUUGCCACUCUAGAGAGCUGCUAGACAAAGUAGAUGGCACAGCGCUAGAAGGACCAAUGUCCUGACUCAGCAUAAAGUAGCUGUCUAUGUUCCUUUGUUAGGCCUUGUUAGAGGUCCACUUUACAUGGUUAACAAUUGUCACUUGGUAUGUAGGACCAGUGAUCUCUACAGAGAAUUAAAGGUAAAGGUAAAGGUACCCCUGCCUGUAUGGGCCAGUCGUGACCGACUCUGGGGUUGCGCGCCCAUCUCGCUUAAGAGGCCGGGGGCCAGCGCUGUCCAAAGACACUUCCGGCCAGCGUGACGAAGGUGCUCUGGCGAGCCUGCACCAGCGCAGCACACGCAAACGCCGUUUAUCUUCCCGCUAUAAAGCGGUACCUAUUUAUCUACUUGCACUUAAGGGUGCUUUUGAACUGCUAGGUGGGCAGGAGCUGGGACCGAACGACGGGAGCUCACCCCGCCGCGGGGAUUCGAACCGCCGACCAUGCGAUCGGCAAGUCCUAGGCGCUGAGGUUUUACCCACAGCGCCACCCUGUCCCUGUCUACAGAGAAUUAGUUGCACACAAAUUGAGUUUAGAGACUCCCUAAACAGUCUCUGCAUUUCCCACCGUUAUUAGGACAGGAAGCUUAACCAAAUGAAUUAUACAGGAAUAGAUUAUUUCUACUUGUAUGAUACACCUAUAUAUUACCUGCUUGUCCGUACAAGCAAACUGUGGAAAUGGGUGUUCUUGAGUGGGUGUUCUUCUAUUGGGCUCAGUAUUUUUCCCUUUCCACUACAGAAUAUUACCCAUCUCCAGUAGUGGAGGGACAAUAUAGAGGUAUACAAAUCUGCAAGAUUAUUUUGUUCCCCCCGCCUUGGUGGUACUUCAGAAAUUUCAAUCUUUUAAGAAAAUAAAUGCAUGCAUUUUGAAGGAGGUUCAUUAGUGCUUUAAAAAAAACAUACUUUCUUUCUGUCUCUUACACUUAUUUCUUUUUAAUUCUAGAAUCAAAGAGGAUAGAGCAGCAAACGGGCUUCACAUUUGAUAACAAAGGACUGGUCUCUUCAUUUAACUUUGGCAAUCCUCCAGGGAGCAACUGAAGGAGGAAAAGACGAAAGCUUAAGGGACUCUGCAGAAUAUUUCAUUAUUGCAUUUUAUUAAAACAGCAACACACAUUUGUGACUUGUGAGCAGACAAGGGAAGGUAAUGGAGUGCUCUGAAAGAUGAUUUCCCUUUGGGAAAGGCAGCGGUCAACCCUCUUUCCUCUCAUUAGGACACUCUUUCUAACCAGCUACUGUAAUGUAUAAAUUCUUGUGGUAUUUUUCUAAGUUGUUGGACUGAAGAACGUCUCUGUUCCUGCUCUUCCCAAUGAAAUGGGGAAGCAGCUGUAUGGAAUUGGAUUGAGUUGCACUUCUCAGGUCUUUGCCAUGUGAAAUUGAAGGGGUCCUAUGGAUAACAGUGCCUUCUGUUGUAUAUGGAUUGCCUGAACAAAUAAUUUUGGAGUGCAUAGUGCAUUUUUUUAUUUUAUUUUAAGGAAGGACAUUUAAUAGGCACACUUCAAAUCUUGCUUUCCUCUGGUGAAAUCAUGGCUGUAUUUUGUCAGUCACAAACUUCACACCGUUGGCUACGCAAACCUUUCAGCUUUCCUGAGUUCAUCUGUAUGUGUCCAGGGUAAUAAUUUAUCUUGGAGUUAUCAAGAAUAACCUUUAUGUUCACAGCUGUUACCAGAAAGCAGACCUUCCCAUGGAAAAUGUUUCUUUAGAUUUAUACUUGGGGUUCAUUAAUGCAGUGGUUUUCAAACUAUCUGCCUUGAGGGAAUCCUUUCUGUGUCGCCCUGUCUACCAAGGAAUCCAUUGUGCGUUGCAGUAGGUCCUGGAGCAUAGCCCUUCUGACUUUUUGAGCCUGCAACCUGACAUGUUGGGUCUCACUAUUCUCUUUUUCAGGGAAGCUGGUUUGCCAGGCUCAAUCUUAUUAUGAGCCCAAGGUGUCUCCAGAACAGUUUGGAAGCUAUUGCUUUUAAUGGAGGCAUUGUAAUUAUUUGUGGGGGGGACAGUUUGUAGAUGUAGCAAUGAUGUACCUGGCCUGGCAUAUUCAGAUCUAGAACUAUCCCAUUGCUCUUGUGGAUUUAUUGAUGUAUUGGUAAUCAAACAGUGGUCUUUGCAAGCAGUGUUUCUUUAUAUUGUCAUCUGUCUUUGACAAGAAUGAGGUUUUCCAGCCAUGCCUGUGGUGAAAACUUACGCUUUAAAUAACUAUUUUUAUUGGCUGCAUCACUCAGGUUGUAUCCAGCAACUGAGUGCUCACAAAAAUAAAUAAAUCUUAGGUUUAAAAGGCCAGCCUCCCGUAACAUCAGAAAUGAAUUGGAACUAGGCAUUGGUGAGCAGAACAUGAGAAAAAUGGUCAGGUAGACAGGAGUGGCACAGAACAAUGAGCCUAUGUUCAUAUAGCUUACCUUGCAUAAAGGGAAGAAGUGUCUUAAGAAACCAGGCAUCUGAUGGAGACUGGAUUGAGUUUCUGGACUACCACUUUCCUAUCCCUGGUACUCAUUCUCCUUCAUCUCCCACUGCCCAUUGUUGUAGCAUAUGUUUCCCAUGCCAUAAUACUGGGUGCUCAUGUCUUUCUUCAGAUGUUUGUUACUGAGGGAACUUGGUGUUUGAGCCUUACCAGUUCUCCAGUCACACUUGAUGGCUGUAUCUAGUGAGGAAUUUUCUGUUUGCAUGUACCAAUUAAUACAAAAUACAUGUAUGCCAAGUUGAUUGUGAAAGACAUGUGCAGUGCACAUUUCAAGUACAGCUUUCCCUUUUUAAAAUACACAUAAGUGACAAGUGGGCAAGAAUCAAACCACCUCGCUGGUUUGUUUACAAGGGGAAAGCCACAUUUGAAGCAUGCACGCAACCUUCAUAACUGAUGCAUUGGUACCCAGGCACAAAAUAUAUUGUGAGAUGUGGUUUUCAGUGUUCAGGAAAAACGUUGAUUCUCUUUCCCAGAACUGUUUCACAUAGGUAUACCUUGAGGAACACAGGGUUAAGCACUAAGCAAAGAUAAUGAGUUUUGUAUCUUUCGGAAGAAGCAUCAAAAAUCUGGUUUGAGGGACGAACAACCUGAAGGUGAGGAAGGAGCUUCCUUAUGAGAUAGGGAUGUACUAGGCAUUUUUCAAAAACAGCCCCAGCUCUUCAUGCCUGUCACAUUUAAUCACCUAAAGCCAUUCAUCACUUAAGAAACUGUAAGGGAAGGUGGUUUAAUUAAGGGUUUGAAUUAAGACACACAUUUCCUUGAUUCCCUUGUUCAGUUUGUGCUUAAGCUUCCCCUCAACUCUAUGUGGCUAGAAGACUAAAUUUGUCUGCAAAUAUUGAUCGUCUGAUGAAAAUGCAAAAUUUGGGAUCAUUGAUAGGUUUGUAGUAAAGGGCUUGGCUUUUUGUGAUGGACCAUAAGAAGGAACUGGGGUUCUUUCUCUAAUUGAAACAGUGAAGACUAUUCUGUACAGAGGCAAAGCAGGGUUUGCCACAAAGUGUGCACCAAACAAGGAACUACAUCCAGUGUGGCUUCCUGAACGGCUGACCAGGCCAACAGCCUCUGUCAGUAUCAAUCAGAUUUUACAUUAUUAAGUGUACAUUUAAAACUUUUGGUGUGCCUCUAAAAAUUCUAAGUUGGCCUAGAGACUCUGAGGAGCUAGAAUGCAAAUGUCAUCUAACUUCUUAACUAAUAUGCUGAAUGUGUGCCUCCUUUUAUAUUUGUUUUGAUUCUUUGAUAAUUCUGCCCCUUUUCUCCCAAAGUCAUUUCCUGUAAAUGCUUUAGCCCAUUACAGUCAAUUUCCUUUGUCUGUCCUGGAAUGUGUUGUUAUGCAGUUGGUCAGGAGACAUCUUGCUGGGCAGUAUUGGUGUGAGGAGGGGGCAGAGCAAGAGAGAUUGAGAGUUUGUUGCUCUUCCCCCCUUUCACAACAGAUCUUUGUGCAAAUAUGUCAGCAAAAUAAGUAUAAUUUCACGCAUGCAGGAAGGGGAUCCACGUAGAGCUGACUUUGCUUUCUUUUGAAGCAUUCAUUUAAAUAUGAUUAUCUUGGAUAAAAGAUUUGAAGUGUCUUCCAGGAUUGUGAGCAGCUCACUGAUGACGUGUUUCCUCCCCAUAUAUAUGUCUGUCAUAUUUUUGUAUGUUAUACAGUGUUAUGACAGGCAUGACUCAAGAGAACAGUUCCUUGAUCUGAAAGCUUCAUGUUGAGGGUGACCAUUGGAAAUUCUGAAAUUUAAUGAUAAGUUCACAUGUACCUGUUCAGUACUGACUGCAUUAACAAGUUCUGUCUUACAUUCAUGUAUCAGAGAUAAAACACCACAGAUAAAAGCCUCCACAUUGCCUUACACCACCCAAAACACAGUGCUGUUCUUCAGCUGAGUCAGUUCACUCUAUGAACUGCUGGUUUCCAACCACAAUCAAGUGUAGAAAAACCAAGUGAUGUACAUGUGCAUGUGUGAACCAAUCUUUGAGGAAAUAGAAGUCCUCAAACUGACUCGACAACUGGUGCCAACUUUUACUUGACCUGACAGAUCUGUGGAUAUUCUAGGAAAUAAGAGUUUGUACUGUCUAAUCUUCUGCAACUGUAAAUGUUCUAGGUAAACCUGUUGUUACAUUUCGACUCCCCCCCCCCAACAAAAAAUAGUUGCCAGCUACCACAACCUCCCCUUUCCACUUUUUGAAGGCUGAAACAACUAGCAUGACUAUCACAACCAAAUUAACUCAUUAAAACAAUGAGGACCAUUAAAACCAGGACCAUUUUAUGCUAAAUUUUGAAUUGGACUUGUUUUUUUCUUUAGUAGAGCUUUGGGCACUGAUAAGGGGGCUGAAAUCACCAGCAGGGGGUCUUUCAUUGACAUAUGAGUGUGAUUACUCCCUCCCCUUGCUUUUUCUUGUGUAAAAGACCAUAUGUCAUGUUACCUGCAUGACCCUUUUCCAUCUUUAAAUGUUUAUUUACCUUUGACUGUUCUUGUAAAAACUUUGAAGUGUUACCCAAUAUUGUCUUCCCGCUACCUCAGGUAACAUCAGAUGGAAUCUGUCACAUGGGAGCAGCCCACCACCUGUGUUUUCCUCUUAGAAACUGGGAUUGUUCUUCAUGGCUUCUGUGUAGUCACACACAUGGGUUCUGCACUUGUGCACAGCAACAUAAGGGAUUUUUAAUUUUUUUUUUUAGAUCUUAAGAAAGCAGGGAUGGAUGUGAUGCUGUUGCUCAAGGGGCAGACAAGUUCCUUUCCACCCUGAUCUCUUUCAGUCACAUGGCCUCAAUUUUUCUGGUAUUACCUGAAUACUACAAAGGAAGGAGCUAUCUCAAGGGCUCCCCAGGAAACAUGAGAAGAGCCUUGAGAUUUGCUGCUGUAUAAUUUGAAUUGAUAAGCUUUCUUUAGACUUCUCUCACAAGGACUCAGGUGGGUUAUGGCAAUAGUCCUUUACCUUUUUUAAACAUACACACACAUUGUGAUUGCAAGUGACUCUGAAAUGAAUAUUUAUUCAAGACUACUUAUAGAGUUUUGGGCCCAAACUAGGGUGUUAGAUCUCAGUCCUCCCAAGUCUGCUGAACACUCUAGCUACUGUGCCUAGCUGACGCUUGACUGAAGUUGGGUUGUUUCUGUCCAAUGCUGAACAAUACAGAAAGCUUUGUUGCAAGACUUAAUCAUUCUUGUGCCAUUCUGGGCAAGUUCUACAUUAGAUUUUGUAGCCAUGAAAUUGUAAGUGGUCAGUGUAACUGCUUACAAUUAAAGACUGUCUUUCUGAAUGGGUCAUCCAUAUCAUUCACUCCUUUUUUGCCACUGUCCAGGAGUCUGCUAUAGUUAACCAUCAAGCCCCAAAGGGUUCGCCCAGGUAACCUAUUUAUUGAGCAUUGAUCUUCAUUUUGCUUGCACAAAGGUUAUAUGAUGUUCACUCUUUAUUGAAUAUUCAUUCUGGUUUGUUUGCGGGGACAAUCAGUUCACUUCCCUAUCACUUUCCUAACGGUAGAAAGUCUUUAUUUAAAAGUGGAUUGGUUGCGCCAGAGCACUUUAAUUGCAUAAACCUAAAUUUCUAAUAUGUGAUUGAAUCCUGCCUGCAAAAUAGUGGCAGCCCUAGUGGUGACCUACGUAAGUUGUAUACAAUGACCAUUUUCAUUAUAGUCUCCCAUGUGUGCCAUUUACAGCAAUUCCUGUAAGAGUCAUUCCAUGGAAGCAAUAUUUUUCUCUUGGCAAUACCACUUCAUUAUGAACCUGAGGACCAUCCUUUCUGUGUGUGCUUGUUUACAGGAUGACUUGUACUCCCAAGUUACUCUUUGUCUGAGCAUUGCACUUCAGAGUUUGUUGGACUGUCUUGAUUUUGUUCCUUUUUACCUCUGAAUGCUGCCUUUAGGCUCCAGCUGUACCUGUGUGAUAGUUCAUUGCAUCCAGAGAGCUAAAUAAAAUUAUGGAACUCUUCAUAACGAACAAAGGUGCUGCACCUUGUUCUAGAACUGGUAGAAAGUGCUACAGGCUCCCCAGUAUUUGAAAUCUUCCAAACUGCCUGUUUCAAUACAGUGAGAAGGGUUUGGGGAGCCCUCGUUUUGCUUUCUGGGCUUAAGAACUGUCUCAUGGGAUCAGACCAAAGCCCCGUCUACUCUAGUGGGUAGUCAUAUGCCUCUGAAGUUCAUAAGCAAGGCACAAAGGUUAUUUUUUAAAAAAGAUUUCUGCCCUGCUGUUCUACUGCCGAUGCAAUGUUCAGGGCAGCUCAAAAGCAAUUUAAGAUCAGAGUGUCAUGAAAUACAACAAAGGCAGAGACCACAUAAAACAGCAUAUAUUUACCAGCCUAUGGGGACAAGCAAGCAUCCUUAAAUAAAGGCCUGCUUUAUCACACACUCCAGAUUCUGAAAAUAACUACAGGCAAAUGAAAAUGAAUGCACAGGCAGGUUUUUGCUAAAAGUUUGUUUUUUUAAAAAGCAGGGUCCAUUCAGCUUGGAUCCAUGAUCACAGGAGGGAACGCUCCAGGACUUUUUGUUGACAGAACUGAUACUUGCUAUAACAGGCAAGGGGGAGAAGGGGGUGAGGACCUGAUGCUGAUGUGAGGAAUUAUUCAAAGCAUCUUUUUGAUGCCAGGGAUCAUUCCUACAAUUAGGUUUGUUACACCUAGAUUUUGCUUCCCAUUACAAAAAGUCCCAAAGCAAUUUACAACCAAAGUAAAAAUGCAAUAAUAAAAAUCACAUAAGCAUUUCGAAAACUUUGUCAUUAAGAGCUGUGGAUGCAUUCUUUGUGCCAGACACCCC